UCUGAACUCCACAUGUGUUUUCAUUUGUUGAUGCGACUUUGUUAUUUAGUUAAUUUAUAAAUUAAAAACUGUCUCUGCCCUAGAAAUGAGUGCGCAGGAUGAAACUGUGGUCUGCCUGCCAGGAGAGCGACUCUGCAGAACCGAGGACAACAUAGUCCUAGGUAUAGGCACCUUCGAGCAAAACGGCUACAUUUACGCCUCGAAGUCCGGAAUUGUCCACAUCGAAGAAUCCGGUGAAAACUGCCAGGUGGUAAGUGUGCAUAAGCCCGGCUUCCAUCUAACCAUCCCAGCUACCGGAGACGUGGUCACAGCCAGAGUUCUCGUUACAACUCCCAAAUUCGUCAAGUGCGCGAUUUUCUGCGUACGCAAUGUCCUGCUGGAAAGCAGCUACCGUGGACUCCUGCGCAAGGAGGAUGUCCGAGAGACCGAAAAAGAUCGCGUGGAUAUCUACAAGUCGUUUCGGCCGGGCGAUGUGAUCCUGGCCAGGGUCAUUAACCAACUGGAGCAGACCUUCCUCCUGACCACCGCCGAAAAUGAACUCGGCGUGGUCAUCGCAUAUGCCAGUGAUAACCGAAAGACACGGGUGCCCAUGGUUCCGGUCGGCUGGAGUGAGAUGCAGUGCCCCCAGACCACGAUCAAGGAGCCACGGAAAGUGGCUAAAGUUCUGCCUGAGAGUUCAAUAAACGCUGUGAAAUAAGGCCAAUCGAAUGGUAA